AGUGAUUCUUUGAUAACAGAAGCAAUCGUAUUAUACCGCGAGGGCUAUGCCGGUGUGGUCGACGAAAAGCAUCGUCCCCGUGGGAUCGCGGUCCUACCUGUUGAGGGACACGUUAACAGUCAGUCUUUCUCCACCGGAUUUUAAUCUACCGACUGAUUGCUCGGAUAGCGCUCCUAUUGGAACACGCAUGUUUACACAAAGUGUCGCAACUGCAAGUACUACUUUCGCAACAAUGGCAAAAGCGCGACCCAAGCAGCGUCACUUGGAUGUUGACGGCAGCAAGAGUUACGACAAUGUCCAGUACGAGGAUUGUCACGAGGAGGACUUGGACGAGGAAGAUUCUAAUUUCUGUUACGUUCCAUUCCAGACCGACGAACCCGAGGAUUCCGAGAACCGCAACGAGCACUGUUGCGAAUCCGUAGCCUACUGGUACGUGCUACCUGUUCUACUGUUGGUACAGUUCGGCCUCGCCUUUGCCAACGACCCGAAUCUUCAAUCGACGCACGGCGGUGUCGUCCAAUGGAGAAUUGCCAAUUACUCCAUUGCGCUGUUUACGGUUACGCACUACUUGUAUCGCAACACUCUUCAGGAGUGUCAUGUAUACGAUACCAUCCUCGGGAUCGUUCCAGACGUGACCGUCAAUGUAACCCUAGCCAUGGUAUUGUGGGGACGUGUGGAUGUGGCUCUAGGUGUCCUCCUCGGCGUCUUGCUCUUUAUGAGCCUCCUGGUGGCCGGAGUUAGCAUGUACCAUUUGCUUGUCGACGUGCCAAAGUUCUCGAACGACACCCGUUGUAGGAAUGAUGGAGACUCGAAGGACCUACGAGAACGCUUGGAGUAUCAUCCAAUUGUGAUUGUUUGA